GCGGACCGGGGGUGGCUACAGGUUGGCGGACCCUCCCCGUGCAGCGCGGGCGGGCGCUCUGAGCUCUGCUCUGCGGCCUGCAGAAGACCCUGGCCUUGUGCUCGCAUAAAAAGCGGCUCCACGGCGUUAGGCCUGAAUCACAGCCCGCCCUUUUUCCCCAUGCCCAGGACCGAGUUGAAAUUUUAUAUCUCAGCCAUAAACCCUUAACGGAUGAGAUUUGAGGCUGCGAAUUGCUGUCCCUAUCCAGAUCCUUCAGUCGUUCGUUUGUCCUGAAUUAGGAGUUGGUUGUCUGUCCCUGCGCCUCCUGAGUGGCCUGUUCUUUGCCUGACUGCUUACUAUAAUUUGUGUGUCCUCUCGUCACCCCCAUAAGCUGUUAGCUCCCUAGAGGCAGGGACACGGUUGACCAUUCUGGUCUCAGUUCCUGGUGGCGGUUUAUUCACGCCGUGAAUAUUAAUAUGGUGCCCACCAAGUACCCAGUCCUGGUCCCCACCAGCUGUGGACAAGACCCAUACCCAUCCCAAGGUGCCUGUACUUCGUUAGUGCCGACAGUGAACUGGUAAGUCAAUAAGGUAAUUUCAGAGAGGCGACGGCUGUGAAAGCAAUAAAUGUAGAGAAAUAGAGUGGUGGGGAAAAGCCUUUCUGGAAAAUUGAGGCGAGACCCCAGCUGAUGCAAAGGCCGUGAGCCACACAAGGGAAGGGCCGCUUCGAAGGAAGUCAAGAAUGAGGUUGGAGCAGCGCCGUGAGGACGGGUAGUGUGAAAUGGUGUUUGAGAGGCCCUGUGCGGUGUACCGGGUUUCUUAACCUCCACCCUAUUAACAUCCGGGGCCAGCCACUUCAGUGGUGUAUGUCAGGCGCACUGUAGACCGCUAAGCGUCAUCCCACUGGAUGCCGGUGACACCUCCCCUUCCCAGUUUGGACACCAGACAGCCACUGGCCAGCCGUGUGACUUGGGCGUGAUAACUCCUCUGUGGCUCAGCUUCCUCGUCUCUCAAGUCGCAAUCUCAAGAAUACGGUGACAUGUUGAAUUCAUGGACGCAUUGAGAAUCAUGCCUAAGCUUAUAGCAAGCAUCCAGUAAAAUGUUGGCACCGUCAUCACCACUGUUGUUGUGAAAGCAACCUGAACUCUGUCAUGGAAAAGUCAUUUUCACAGGUGGACGGUGUUUACGCUUCUUGACAAUUUGCAUCUGAAAGUUGACCUUUCCCGCGGCAGUGUUUCCAAAAGAAAUAGACACUCUCCAAGGUUGUCAGCAGUUUCUGUCACAGCAGAAUACCGUGGUUGUCAAUCUCCUGUGGAUUACCGUAAAAGCUAAGAGCGCUCUCCCUAAAAGAUAGCGCAGAGCCACAUAUGCGUGCCAGAUUUUGUAAGCCCUCUCUGUGCUUUCAGACCCUCAGGUGCAUGGGCUCUGUUUGCUCAUUCAACAGCGUGCUGAGCUAUUCAGGCCCUGUGCCACCCUCCAGAGGUGAACAAGACACAUAGACUUGCUCGUCUCUUGCGGCUCACCCUCUAGGACAACGGUUCUAGCAUUCGGCUUCCUAGUUAAUGAACUGAAACCCAGAGAGGCUGAGUGACUUGAGCCACUGAUCAGCCAUGUCUGGUCCCACUGAUGAGACUGCAGGAGAUCUGCCUGUGAAAGAUAUAGGUCUAAACCUCUUAAGAAUGGAAGGGUUACAAGAAGCUUCAACAACACGAACGAUGAAAUCUCGCCAGGCGGUGUCACGUGUCAGUCGUGAGGAACUGGAAGACAGAUUUUUGCGUUUGCAUGAUGAGAACAUUUUACUUAAACAGCAUGCCCGCAAGCAAGAGGAUAAAAUUAAAAGAAUGGCCACCAAGUUAAUACGGCUAGUUAAUGACAAGAAAAGAUAUGAACGGGUUGGUGGCGGCCCCAAGCGGCUCGGACGUGAUGUAGAAAUGGAAGAAAUGAUUGAACAGCUGCAAGAGAAAGUUCAUGAGCUUGAAAGACAAAAUGAAGUCCUCAAAAACAGACUCAUUUCAGCCAAACAGCAACUUCAAAUCCAGAGUUACAGGCAGACACCAUACAAUUAUAUACAAUCUCGUAUUAACACUGGGCGUAGAAAAGCAAAUGAAAAUGCAGCCUUGCAAGAAUGCCCCAGGAAAGGUAUAAGAGUCCAAGAUGCAGAUGUAACAGAAACCUUACAACCCAUGCUUACAAAAUAUGACAACAGUUUACUUGAAGAAGCCAGAGGAGAAAUAAGAAAUUUAGAAAAUGUUGUUCAGUCACAAAGAGGCCAGAUAGAAGAGUUGGAGCACUUGGCUGAGAUCCUAAAAAGCCAGUUGAGGAGAAAAGAAAAUGAAAUUGAGUUGUCUCUUCUUCAACUUCGAGAACAACAAGCUACAGAUCAAAGGUCAAAUAUUCGAGACAAUGUAGAAAUGAUUAAACUCCAUAAACAACUAGUGGAGAAAAGCAAUGCUCUUUCAGUAAUGGAAGGAAAAUUUAUUCAGCUUCAAGAGAAGCAAAGAACUCUCAGGAUCAGCCAUGAUGCCUUGAUGGCAAAUGGAGAUGAGCUAAAUAUGCAACUUAAAGAACAGCGUUUAAAAUGCUGCAGUCUGGAGAAGCAAUUACAUUCCAUGACGUUUUCUGAACGAAGAAUAGAAGAGCUGCAGGAUAGAAUUAAUGAUUUAGAAAAGGAACGGGAACUUUUAAAGGAAAACUAUGAUAAACUUUAUAACAGUGCCUUCAGUGCUGCCCAUGAAGAGCAAUGGAAGUUACAGGAACAGCAGCUGAAAGUGCAGAUUGCUCAGCUCGAGACUGCCUUAAAAUCCGACUUAACAGACAAAGCUGAAAUCCUUGACAGAUUAAAAACGGAAAGAGACCAAAAUGAAAAACUCAUGCAAGAGAACAGAGAACUACAGUUACAGUAUCUGGAACAAAAGCAAGAGCUUGAUGAACUUAAAAACCGCAUGAAGUUUUACAAUCAGGAGAGUGAUAUUAAUGCUGAUGAACUGAGUGAAGCUCUCCUACUUCUAAAGGCUCAAAAAGAACAAAAAAAUGGAGACCUUUCCUUCUUAGAGAAAGUAGAUAGUAAAAUUAAUCAAGAUGUAGAACGUUCCAUGAGAGAACUACAAGCAACUCAUGCAGAAACAGUGCAAGAACUCGAAAAGACAAGAAACAUGCUAAUUAUGCAACAUAAAAUUAAUAAAGAUUAUCAGAUGGAAGUUGAGACAGUGACCCAGAAGAUGGAAAAUUUGCAGCAAGAUCAUGAACUCAAAUUGGAACAAUAUGUUCAUCUUCUUGAUAUCAGGGCUUCGCGCAUCCAGAAACUAGAAGCCCAACUGAAGGAUAUUGCCUACGGGACUAAGCAAUACAAAUUUAAACCAGAAAUCAUGCCAGAUGACUCUGUUGAUGAAUUUGAUGAAACCAUCCACCUGGAACGAGGAGAAAAUCUAUUUGAAAUCCAUAUCAACAAAGUAACCUUUUCUUCUGAAGUUUUACAGGCAUCUGGAGAUAAAGAACCUGUCACUUUCUGUACCUAUGCUUUCUAUGAUUUUGAACUGCAAACAACUCCUAUAGUGCGAGGCCUUCACCCAGAAUAUGACUUCACUUCUCAAUAUCUUGUUCAUGUUAAUGACUUCUUUUUACAAUAUAUUCAGAAGAAUUCUGUCACUCUUGAAGUCCACCAAGCGUACAGCACAGAUUAUGAAACAAUUGCAGCAUGUCAGUUGAGAUUUCAUGAAAUCCUGGAAAAAAGUGGCAGGAUAUUUUGCACAGCAAGUUUGGUUGGAACUAAAGGAGACAUCCCAAAUUUUGGCACAGUAGAAUACUGGUUCCGAUUAAGAGUGCCCAUGGAUCAAGCAAUUCGACUUUAUCGAGAACGAGCAAAGGCUUUGGGAUAUAUAACAUCAAAUUUUAAAGGGCCGGAGAAAAUGCCGUCAUUAAGUCAGCAAGCACCCAAAACUGCUCAGCUCAGUUCUACAGAUUCCACAGAUGGCAACUUAAAUGAACUUCACAUUACAGUAAGAUGUUGCAGCCACCUGCAGUCCCGAGCAAGCCACCUGCAGCCACACCCAUAUGUUGUGUACAAGUUUUUUGAUUUUGCAGACCAUGAUACAGCCAUCAUUCCCAGUAGCAAUGAUCCACAGUUUGAUGAUCAUGUGUGUUUCCCAGUGCCAAUGAAUAUGGAUUUGGAUCGCUACCUUAAGGCAGAGUCUCUGAGUUUUUAUGUGUUUGAUGAUAGUGAUACCCAGGAAAAUAUUUACAUAGGAAAAGUCAAUGUGCCUCUGAUUUCAUUGGCACAUGACAGGUGUAUCUCAGGAAUAUUUGAGUUAACAGAUCAUCAAAAGCAUCCUGCGGGCACCAUCCAUGUUACAUUGAAAUGGAAAUUUGCUUACCUUCCACCAAGUGGUUCAAUAACAACUGAAGACCUAGGAAACUUCAUACACAAAGAAGAGCCAGAAGUUGUUCAGAGGCUACCUGCAACAUCCUCUGUUAGCACAGUACUCGAGGCACCAAGACCCAAACCACGACAGCGUUUAAUUCCUGUAGAAAAGAAGGUGUCUUUUGUGGAUAUCAUGCCACAUCAGAAUUCUGAUAGUUCUACUCCUGAAGAUAUGAAAAAAAUUUCACCCAGAGCAGAGCAGAUGCCGGACCUAGAAAUCAGUGUCCCCACUGUUUCACAUAUUCCAGAGGUUUCACACGAAAGCAGUGUAGCUAAGGCAAAAGAGAAUACUGAGAAAAUGCAGGAAGGAAAAGAAGAUGAUAUGUCUUUACUAUCUGAGGGUCAGCUUGCAGAACAAAGCUUGGCUUCUUCUGAAGAUGAAACAGAAAUAACAGAGGAAUUGGAACCAGAAGUUGAAGAAGACAAAUCAGCUUCUGACAGUGACGAUAGUAUCAUUCCAGUUCCUAUUUCUGAGAACAUCAAAGAGCCAUCAGAAAAAAUCCGCAUUGAGAUCAUAGCUCUAAGCCUUAAUGAUUCUCGAGUAACCAUGGAUGACACUAUCCAACGGCUGUUUGUUGAGUACCGAUUCUACAGUCUUCCUGCUGAAGAGACACCUGUGUCACUUCCUAAACCCAAGAGUGGACAGUGGGUCUACUAUAACUAUAGCAAUGUGAUCUAUGUGGAUAAAGAGAACAACCAAGAGAAGAGAGACAUCUUAAAAGCCAUACUACAGAAACAAGAGAUGCCUAAUAAAAGCGUUCGCUUCACUGUGGUCAGUGACCCUCCCGAGGAUGAGCAGGAUCUGGAAUGUGAGGACAUUGGUGUUGCUCACAUCGACCUCGCUGACAUGUUCCAGGAAGGGAGAGACAUCAUCGAGCAAAAUAUUGAUGUUUUCGACGCACGAGCAGAUGGUGAAGGUGUUGGCAAGCUUAGGGUAACAGUCGAAGCUCUCCAUGCCCUACGGUCUGUCUACAAGCAAUACAAAGAUGUCUUGGAGACUUGAAAGAAACUGCUCCAGAGGCACCUCCUACUCCUGAGUAAAUGCUCACAUGAAAGCUCCUAGAUGAGAUUUUUUUGUAAUUACUCUGGUGUAUAUAAUCUAUAAUUCAUGGGAAGCCAGGAGGGGGGAGCCCUGGGUUUGAAAUGUUCAAAUUUUGUAUACUUUUUCAUUUGUUUAUUUUUCUAUUCCCUCUUUCCCAUGACUGCCACCCCUCAGGGCUUAAGUUCUCUGCAAUGGGCAAUACCUUCUCAAUAAUUUAUACCUACAUGAUAACAUGAGAAAGUAUAUUUGCAUUUUCAACAUUUUCUUAUGAAGAACUGAAAUGCGAUUCCCAUUUUAUUUUUAAUAAGCAAAAGCAUAAAUUUAGAAAACCUAUGAAAAAGAAAUACUUUUAUGUUAUCCCUAAUCGUCCCACUAAAUGGAAUGCCUAUGAUUAGCCUCAUUAAGAGUUUUAUACUGUGAAGAUUUUAUUAGAAGCAAUAUAUGAAAAUUACUUGGAUUAAUGUGUUAAUCUUCCUCUUUAAAAUGCUAAUAUCCAUUUUAUGCAUAUUAAAGCUCAGUAUGCAUUUUC